AUGGAAAGGGACGUGAGGCAAGAUGGGCGGAACCAGCGGACCAGGUUCAAGGCAUUUGUUGCCAUCGGAGAUUACAACGGACACGUGGGUCUGGGCGUCAAGUGCUCCAAGGAGGUAGCCACUGCCAUCCGUGGGGCCAUCAUCCUGGCCAAGCUUUCCAUCGUCCCCGUGCAACGAGGCUACUGGGGGAACAAGAUCGACAAGCCCCACACUGUCCCAUGCAAGGUGACUGGUCGCUGUGGUUCUGUGCUGGUGCGUCUCAUCCCUGCCCCCAGAGGCACUAGCAUUGUCUCCGCCCCUGUGCCCAAGAAGCCAAUGAUGGCUGGUAUGGACGACUGCUACACUUGGGCCAGGGGCUGCACUGCCACCCUGGGGAACUUGGCCAAGGCUACUUUUGAUGCCAUCUCCAAGACCUACAGCUAUCUCACCCCUGAUCUCUGUAAAGAGACUGUGUUCACCAAGUCUCCCUAUCAGGAAUUCACUGACCAUCUUGUAAAGACCCACACCAGAGUCUCCGUGCAGAGGACCCAGGCUCCAGCUGUGGCUACUACAUAGUUUUAUACAAGAAAAAUAAAAGUGAAUUAAAGCUUGUAAAA